AUGAGGGGUCCGCCUCCCGGCAUGCCGUCUUCUACCAUAGCAGCCGCAUCGUCAUCUUACCGCGAGCCUGCUGCUCUCACAUCAGAACAGCUUCAGGCAAAAGCACGCAAAUGGCAGCAGACACAGAGUCGUCGCUUCGGCGACCGUAGGGGAAAGACCGGCUUCGUCGACACGGGCAAACAGGAGAUGCCACCCGAGGUGCUAAGAAAGAUCAUCAAGGAGCACGGCGACAUGACAAACCGCAAAUACAGACAGGACAAGCGCGUACAUCUCGGCGCGCUCAAGUACCUUCCGCACGCAAUGAUGAAGGUGCUAGAAAACAUACCCAUGCCCUGGGAGCAGAUCCGCGAAGUGCCCGUCCUCUACCACAUCACAGGUGCCAUCACGUUUAUCAACGAGGUGCCCAAGGUCAUCGAGCCUGUCUUCCAUGCACAGUGGGCCACAAUGUGGAUCGCCAUGCGCAGAGAGAAGCGCGACCGACGCCAUUUCAAGCGCAUGCGUUUCCCGCCCUUUGACGAUGAAGAGCCCGUCGUUGACUACUCCGACAACUUGCUCGAUGUUGAGCCACUCGAGGCUAUCCAGCUCGAGCUCGACGAAGAAGAGGAUGGCGCUGUCAUCGACUGGUUCUACGACCACAAGCCGCUCAUCAAUAAUCCAAAGCACGUCAACGGUCCUUCCUACCGCUUCUGGAAUUUGGAUCUCCCCCAGAUGGCCACACUCCAUCGUCUCGGCCGCACCCUGCUCAGCGACGCAUCCUCCUCAGGCGACCGCAACUCGUUCUAUCUCUUCGACAAAAAAGCCUUCUUUACCGCAAAGGCGCUCAACAUGGCCAUCCCUUCUGGUCCGAAGUUUGAGCCGCUCUUCAAAGAUACGGACGGCUUCGACGACGAUUUUACCGACUUCACCGAUUUCCGCAAGGUCAUCAUCCGCCAUCAGAUCCGCACCGAGUACCGUGUCGCCUUUCCGCACCUCUACAACAGCAGGCCACGUGCAGUCCACAUUGGCACCUACCACGAACCGAAGAACGUCUACAUCCGAUCCGACGAAAUCGACCAGGCCUUCUACUUCGACCCGGCAAUCAACCCCAUCUCGGCUCGCACAUUGGCAAGUUCCAACGCUUUCCGUCCAGAGUAUGACGACGGAACGCCCGUACUUGCUCACGAGGACCAAGUGUUCGGCCCUGGCGUCGAGUCUGACGACGAGCUGCCAGACGAAGUGGCUUUCUCUCUGCCGGAACAGAUCGAGCCUUUCCUCGAGCACGAACCGCUCGAGAACGACCUCACCGCCGAUGCCAUCGCCCUCUGGUGGGCGCCCAAGCCCUACUCGCUCCGCAGUGGACGCACACGGCGCGCAGUCGAUGUCCCCUUGAUUCAGCCUUGGUACCUCGAGCACUGCCCGCCGAACCAACCCGUCAAGGUACGCGUCAGCUACCAGAAGCUGCUCAAGACCUACGUCUACAACAGCCUCCACACCACCAAGCAGAAGGUACACAAGCGCACCAACCUAUUGCGCGAGCUCAACAACACCAAGUUCUUCCAAAACACUUCCAUCGACUGGCUCGAGGCGGGUCUCCAGGUGGCAAAACAGUCCUUCAACAUGAUGAACCUCCUCAUCCACCGCAAAGGCGCUUCUUACCUCCAUCUCGACUACAACAUGAACCUCAAACCAACAAAGACGCUCACCACCAAGGAGCGAAAGAAGAGUCGAUUCGGUAACGCCUUCCACCUAGUGCGAGAGUUGAGCCGCAUCAUGAAGCUUGUCGUCGACGCGCACGUCCAAUUCCGUCUCGGUUCCAUCGAUGCCUUUCAGCUGGCCGAUGGCUUACAGUAUCUCUUCAACCACGUCGCUACGCUCUCAGGCAUCUACCGGUACAAGUACCGUUCCAUGCGCCAGAUUCGCGCCUGCAAGGAUCUCAAGCACGUCAUCUACUACCGCUUCAAUGCUGCCGGCGUUGGCAAGGGUCCCGGUGUCGGGUUUUGGGCGCCCUCAUGGCGCGUGUGGAUCUUCUUCCUCCGCGGUAUCGUUCCGCUGCUCGAACGCUGGCUCGGCAACCUGCUCGCACGUCAGUUCGAAGGCCGAGCUGGUCGCACUGGCGCACAGGGUAUCACCAAGCAGCGUGUCGAGUCAUCCAUGGAUCUCGAGUUGCGUGCCGCUGUGAUGCACGACAUCCUCGAUGCAAUGCCCGAAGGCAUGCGACAGAACAAGAUCAAGACCAUCAUGAGUCACCUCCAGGAGGCAUGGCGCGCUUGCCGCAGCAACACGCCGUGGAGUCCCAAUCUGCCGCCGCCCAUCGAGAACCUCAUCCUGCGCUACGUCAAGCAAAAGUUCGAUUGGUGGACGUCGGUGGCGCACCAGCAGCGUGCUCGAAUUGCACGUGGCGCCACCGUCGACAAGACGGCGGUACGCAAGAAUCAGGGCCGCCUCACGCGUCUCUUCCUGCGUGCCGAGCAGGAGCGACAGGCCGACUACCUCAAGAGCGGUCCCUACAUCACCUCAGAAGUGGGUGUGGCAGCCUUCACCGCCACUGUGCAAUGGCUCGAAGCGCGUCGUUUCAGUCCGAUCCCUUUCCCCAGUCUCAACAACAAGCACGACGUCAAGCAUCUGGUGUUGGCGCUCGACUCGCUCAAGGAGGCAUAUUCCGUCAAAGGUCGUCUCAACCAGAGCCAGCGUGAAGAGCUUGCCCUCAUCGAGCAGGCCUUUGACAACCCACACGAGACUCUGGCACGUAUUAAGCGACUCAUGUUGACGCAGCGUGCUUUCAAGGAAGCCGGUUUCGAGUUUUUCGACACGUUCAGCAAGUUGACGCCCACCUACGACAUUGAGCCCAUCGAAAAGAUCACCGAUGCGUAUCUCAGCCAGUACCUCUCGUACGAGGCAGACAAGCGCCAGCUCUUCCCCGCAUGGAUCAAGCCGAGCGACUCGGAGCCUGCACCGCUGCUCGUGUACAAAUGGUGCAAUGGCAUCAACAACGCACACGAGAUCUGGGACACCUCCGAGGGGCAGUGCAACGUGCUCAUGGAGACGACGCUCAGCAAGGUGUUUGAAAAGAUGGACCUGACGCUGCUCAAUCGACUGCUGCGACUCAUCAUGGACCACAACUUGGCCGACUACAUCACCGCCAAGAACAACAUCUCGAUCGUAUUCAAGGACAUGUCGCACGUCAACUCGUACGGUCUCAUCCGCGGUCUGCAGUUCAGCGCCUUUGUCUUCCAGUACUACGGCUUGGUGCUCGAUCUGCUCAUCCUCGGUCUGCAACGUGCCAACGAGAUGGCGGGUCCGCCCAACAUGCCCAACGGCCUCUUCCAGUAUCGCGACACGGCCACCGAGACUCGCCAUCCCGUGCGUCUCUAUACUCGAUACAUCGACCGCAUCCACAUCCUCUAUCGCUUCUCGGCCGAAGAAGCGCGCGAUCUGGUGCAGCGCUACCUCACGGCCAAUCCGGAUCCCAACAACAGCAACGUCAUUGGCUACAACAACCGCAAGUGUUGGCCGCGCGAUGCACGAAUGCGUCUCGUCAAGCACGACGUCAACCUCGGUCGCGCCGUCUUUUGGACGGUCAAGAACAGCUUGCCGCGCUCGCUCACUACCAUCGAGUGGGAGGACACGUUCUGCUCCGUCUACAGCAAGGACAACCCCAACCUGCUCUUCUCGAUGCUCGGCUUCGAGGUGCGCAUCCUGCCCAAGAUCCGACAGGAGGAUGUCGAUGUUGCACGUGACGGUGUCUGGCCGCUCAUCCAGGCCAGCUCUGGUGAACGCACCUCGACCGCCUUCCUGCGAGUAUCGGAAGAGGGGAUCGCCAACUUUAGCAACCGAGUUCGUGCGCUGCUCAUGUCGGCUGGCGCUGCCCCUUUCAGCAAAAUCGCGAACAAAUGGAACACCUGCCUCAUCGCGCUGAUGACGUACUACCGAGAAGCCGUCGUCAACACCGAGGAGAUGCUCGAUCUGCUCGUACGCAGCGAGAACAAGGUGAUCAACCGCAUCAAGUCUGGCGUUAACAGCAAGAUGCCUUCGCGUUGGCCCAUCCACAUCCUCGCCUCGCCGAAGGAGCUCGGUGGUCUCGGCAUGCUUUCGAUGGGCCACGUGCUCAUCCCCGCCUCGGACCUGAAGUAUUCGCGCCAGACGACGACCGGGAUCACCCACUUCCGUGCCGGUCUCUCGAACCAGGAGGAUCAGCUGUUGCCUGCGCUCUACCGAUACAUCACCCCGUGGGCAUCCGAGUUUGAGGAUUCGGCGCGUGUGUGGCAGGAGUACGCGCAGAAGCGGAAGGAGGCCAACGAACAGAACCGCCGUCUGACGCUCGAGGACCUUGAGGACUCGUUCCACCGCGGUCUGCCCCGUAUCGCCACGCUUUUCCAGAAGGACCGCACCAUCUUGUCGUACGACAAGCAGUGGCGGGUUCGACAGGAGUUCAAGAAAUACCAGAUCGCCAAAGCGCAACCGUUCGCCUGGACCAACCAGCGUCACGACGGAAAGCUGCACAACCUCAACCAGCUGCGUACCGAUACCAUUGCGGCGCUUGGCGGUGUCGAGACGAUCCUCGAGCACUCGCUGUUUGCCGCGACGGGUCAUCCGACCUGGGAGGGCCUGUUCUGGGAGAAAUCAUCCUCGUUCGAAGAGAGUAUGCAGCAGAAACGACUUACCAACGCACAGCGUUCGGGUCUUUCGCAGAUCCCCAAUCGUCGCUUCACGCUGUGGUGGUCGCCGACGCUCAACCGCAGCAGCGUCUACAUCGGAUUCCAGGUGCAGCUCGACUUGUGCGGUGUGCUGAUGUCGGGCAAGAUGCCUUCGCUCAAGAUCUCGUACAUCCAGCUGUUCCGUGCGCACUUGUGGCAGAAGAUCCACGAAUCGGUGGUGAUGGACUUGUGUCAGGUGUUUGAUCAGGAGCUGGAGGCUCUGUCGAUCGAGACGGUGCAGAAGGAGACGAUCCACCCGCGAAAGUCGUACAGGUUGACGGCGUCGAGCUCGGACAUCUUGCUGUUCGCGAGCUACAAGUGGCCGAUGUCGCGACCUUCGUUGUUGACCGACUCUCGCGACGUCAUGGACGGGUCGAGCGGCAACAAGUGGUGGGUCGACGUCCAGCUGCGAUGGGGUGAUUACGACUCGCACGACAUUGAACGGUACUGUCGAGCCAAGUUCCUCGACUACACCAGCGACAACACUUCGAUCUACCCGUCCGCUACGGGUGCGUUGGUGGGCAUCGACCUGGCGUACAACAUCCACUCGGCGUACGGUAUUUGGUUCCCUGGUAGCAAGCCGCUCAUCCAGCAGGCGAUGGCCAAGAUCAUGAAGGCCAACCCUGCGCUGUACGUGCUGCGAGAGCGUGUCCGCAAGAGUUUGCAGCUGUACAGUUCCGAACCGACCGAGCCGUACCUCAACUCGAACAACUACGCCGAGCUGUUCAGCAACCAGAUCAUCUGGUUCGUCGACGAUACCAACGUCUACCGCGUUACGAUCCAUCGGACGUUUGAGGGCAACUUGGUGACGAAGCCCAUCAACGGUGCGAUCAUCAUCCUCAACCCACGAACGGGUCAGCUGUUCCUCAAGAUCAUCCACACGUCCGUGUGGGCAGGUCAGAAGCGACUCGGUCAGCUGGCCAAGUGGAAGACGGCGGAGGAGACCAUCGCCUUGGUCCGCAGUUUGCCCGUGGAAGAGCAACCGAAGCGGAUCAUCGUUUCGCGCAAAGGCAUGCUGGAUCCGCUCGAGACGCAUUCGCUCGAUUUCCCCAACCUGUCGAUCGUCGGUUCCGAGCUUCAGCUGCCCUUCCAGUCGUUCCUCAAGCUCGAAGCGAUCGGCGACAUGGUGUUGAAAGCGACGCAGCCGCAGAUGGUGCUCUACUCGUCGUACGACAACUGGAUGUCCAACGUCAGCAGCUUCACUGCGUUUUCGAGGUUGAUCCUUCUGCUGAGAUCCCUGCACGUCAACCAGGAGAAGGCCAAGAUCAUCCUCCGUCCACACCCGGGUGUGGUGACGGAGCCGCAUCAUCUUUGGCCGACGCUGACGGACGAAGAGUGGAUCAAGGUGGAGAUCCAGCUGAGGGACUUGAUCCUGGCGGACUUCGGCAAGCGGAACAAUGUGAAUGUGAACUCGUUGACGAGCAGCGAGAUUCGGGAUAUCAUAUUGGGUAUGACGAUCCAGGCGCCUUCGGUUCAGAGGCAGCAGAUGGCGGAGCUGGAGAAGACGGCGGAGGCGGCGCAGCAAGUGACGGCGCAGCAGACGAGGACGGUCAACGUUCACGGCGAGGAGAUCCAGACGGUGACGACUACGCAGUACGAGAAUCAGGUAUUCAGCAGCAAGUCGGACUGGAGGGUACGGGCGCUCUCGGCGGGUAAUCUGCCGUUGAGGUGUCAGCAUCUGUACGUCUCGAACGAGGAUGUGAGGGAUGAAGUGGGAUCGUUGACGUACGUCAUGCCGAAGAACGUGUUGAAGACGUUUAUUGUGGGGGCGGAUCUGAGGACGCAGGUGGCGGGCUACAUGUACGGGAGCAGUCCGAAGGAUGCACCUAGCAUCAAGGAGAUUAAGGUGAUCGUCUGGGUUCCGCAACGCGGGUCGAACCACAAGGUCGAAUUACCCGACGAUCUGCCGGAACACGACUUUGUCCUCAAGGAUCUUGAACCGCUCGGAUGGAUCAAGACUUCGUCGAUGGAUCUCCCCCACCUUCCACCGCAGGACGUCGCACAGCACGCACGCACCAUGGCAGCGCACACCGAGUGGGGUUCCUCCACCAUCUGCAUCUCGUGCGCCUUCACCCCCGGCUCGGUCUCCCUGUCGGCGUACAAUCUGACCGUUGCAGGGUUCGAGUGGGGCAGGAAGGCGAGCGAUGCAGAGAUCGCCUCGUCUAGCGGGUUCAACCCGGGUACGAUGAUGGAUCGAGUUCAGCUGCUGCUCUCGGACAGAAUCCUGGGUACGACGUUGACGGUGGAGGGCGGCAGAUGGAAUUACGGGUUGAGUUUGUCGGCUCAGUGGACGCGGGAGAUGAAGUACAGUGUCGUGUUGGACAGGCCGAAGGAGUUUUGGGACGAGGUGCAUCGGCCGCAGAACUUUUUGAGCUUCACCAACGAGGUGGAUACGAGCGGCAGGGGGGAGGAUGUGGCGGAUGUGAUGGAUGCGUUUGCGUGA